AUGCACGAGGUAUACAGCUCCGUGCUAGCGCGACGCUCGCCCAGUCCUGACAGCCGGCAAAGCUUCGGUGACUCCACUUCUCAGCUGAUCCACGAGCCCCAAUUAGUCAAGAUGACCAAGGGAACUUCCAGCUUCGGAAAGCGUCACAACAAGACGCACACUCUGUGCCGUCGAUGUGGUCGCCGAUCUCUUCACAUCCAGAAGCACACCUGCGCUUCGUGCGGUUACCCCGCUGCUAAGACUCGCAAGUACAACUGGAGCGAGAAGGCCAAGCGCAGAAAGACCGUCGGUACUGGCCGCAUGCAAUACCUCAAGGAUGUCACCCGCCGCUUCAAGAACGGAUUCCGCACUGGUGUCCCUGCCGACUCGCGGGGCCCCGGCUCAUUGAAGGCAUAA